AUGAUAGACACGUAUAGCUGUGACUUAUUUCAGGAGACUACGGAAUUGUACAAGAGAGUACCCAUUAAUGGAUACAAAGACACCGGAUAUCAUCAAGACGAAUUUUGUUCCAAUUGCGGACAAUACAAAUAUGAAGAUGUAUUGCGUAACGUAAUAGCGGCACGUAAGAAGAAAACGAAGAGUUAUGAAAAGCACUGUCCUUCGUGCCACUGUUCGCCUGAGCGGCGAAAAUUUUCUCCACCUAGUAAACCAAGGACUACUGGAAAUGUGGAGGCUAUGCUAAACCGAUAUGAACGUGCUUGUGCAGAGCCGAUUAACUCGGCCAUCAAGAAGUCGCAGAGUAGUCCACUUUCGCAGAAGGUAUGCUGGCACGGUUGUCAAACUAGUGUUCAUCCUCGUCGCCCCAAGAGAUCGUUGCAAAACCGUCGUCAACGGAGAGUUGAGAUCGACAGGUGUUCGUUCAAGGUAAGAGGAGACGCAGUGAAUUCAGAGUUGAAUGAAGACAUUGAAGGCUACUCCAACUACACGCAAUCUUUACCCAUCAAGAGCUCGCUAAAGAAGCAUGGUCAUUGCAGAGAGCCUGAGGGAUCGCCAAAUGAGCAGGAAUAUUCGGACGCCGACAGCGAAGUAUCAACGAAGUGUAUUCGUCAGUCGAGAAAAUCGCGCGUGCCGAAUCUUGAAUCGAGACAUCAUUACGUCGGCGGUGACGCCGAAUACAUCGCGGAGAUGAGAAACGAGAGCGACGUCGAACUUCGACAGAAUGAUUGCCGGACACGCGAUUGCCAGGAAAUGAGGAAGAUAGUUCUGGAAUUCGAAGAUCUCGAGAGAUUGAAACGAGGUGAUGGUGAAGCGGCGGCGAUGACGAUGAUGAGUGAGGAUGAUAAGCGGACUGAGAAGCGAAAACUUGCCUCGAGAACGACGAAACAAGGGAAGCUCAGCGAUGCUAUUCCUUAUCGAGUAACGAAAAAGCCAUCGACGUUGAUUAAAGAAUCGGUUAAUCAAUCCGCGAAGGAGUUCGCGCUAAAUGCAUCCGCUCAUUUGACGAAGUUAGAUUUGCACACCACGAAAACUCGCAUCCUGGAAUCGAUCGAUCAUGUGCUCGGUACCAUGAACAACACGAAAAAUAACGCGUCGAUGCAACAAGAACAAACCGAGCAAGAAACUGUCGAGAAGAUAUCUCGCGAACUUCAGGAAAACGGUUGGCAGUUACUGUUUAACGCUCUGACGAUUCAUCGAGACACGACGGAUUCCAGCAGAAGAACAGUUCGUCUGGAAUGUUUGAAUCAUAUUCGGCAACAACUUGACAAACUUUAUGCUCUCGAGUUAACUUUGGACAAUUGCCCUAAACUACAGUCAAGUCACGAUACCUCAUAUGUCGAGGAAAAUCAACAGUUGCAACAGUCACUGGAACAGAAGAUCGUGGAUUCCUGAACUUGCCGGAAGCUUGCACACACUUUUUUUUUCUUUAAGCACUGCAACAAAUUUUUCGGAUCCAUGCAGUGCGUAAAUCUUGGAAAAAGAAGAUUCAUACACAUCGCAGAUGUCUGCAGAAUGUUGCAAGAUAAAAUCACCGCAAGCAUGUAAUGAUUGAAGCAUCAAACGUAACAUGAACAAAAGUAUAUAAAUGUACGUUUUAUCAAAAUGUUAAACACACGCUACGAAUGCACUUAAGAUAAAUAUAAGAAAUUUUAUAAACAUCACUUCUUAGUAAUUUUAUAGAUAUUAAAUCAAUGUCGAUUUGUAA